AUGCCUUCGUUUUUAACGACAACAACUCGCGCUGCUUCUGCCGUGAACAACAACAACACCAAGGAGAAGAAUAACAACGCGAGUACUAAAAAGAGUCGUCAAAAGUCUUUAAAACCGUCGUCGUCGGAGUCGUCGAGGAAAGCGAAUCAAAAGCAGCAGAUAUCCGUCCCGUCCUCUACACCUUUACCGGGGAAAGAAAUCAUCCGGAAAAGCAUCGGGACGACGCUUUCGCUGACACUCGCGGUCGGCAUUGGAUACUUCUUAGGGAACAAUCCAACGUACUUGUCGGAGAUUUUCGGGAAGACGUUCGGUGGUUGGCGUUCUGCGUCUGCUUCUUCCGAAGAAAUGGUCGUUUUAAACGAAGGCAAGAACGAAACGUAUGAAGAGUUGUUUUCGAUAGACACUAUGGACUCGGCGACGAAGGCGAACAUGUGGCGAGUGGUGAACGACGGGGUCAUGGGAGGCGUCUCGAAUUCCGCGAUGAUGCCACCGUCGCCGAAUUCGCCUGGGUUUAGCAGAUUUGCAGGUACCGUUCGGUUAGAAAAUAACGGCGGGUUCGCUUCGGUUAGAAGAGCGUUGCCGAAUUCCGACGCGAGCGCGUAUAAAGGCGUGUACGUAAAAUGUAAAGCGGCGAUGAAAGAAAGAGACGAGAAGAAGCAGUUUUUGCUGUUAGCGAAAGAUGCGGAGUGUUCGAGGAACUUCGGGACGAACUUUAAGAGCGCUUUUACGGUGAAGAGCGCGGACGAUUGGGAGGUGAAAUUGUUUCCGUUCGAGAAGUGCUUCAAGAAAGGCGAGAGAAUGGGAAGACCGAUCGAACGCGGCCCGAUAAACGUGAAGGAAGUGACCGAGUUAGGCUUGAUGAUUUUAAGAGGAGAAGAGGCGCAGGUCGGUAAUUUUGGCUUGGACGUGGAGGAGUUUGGGUUUUAUGUGUGA